AGUGUUUCUCAAUAUGUGGGGGAGAGAGAUCAAAGAAAGAGAGGACUUGCUUUUUGCUUUCCUUGCUACCUGUUUAAUUAUUGUGCAUCUCUCUCUCUCUCUCCAUUCUUGGUUCAGUCUCGGUUUUAUGACACCAUCCUUUUAUGCAUUAACAUAUGUUGACUAAUCCUAACCAAUCAACUCUUCUCCUUUUCUUUUCCCCUUUUUCUGAUAAAAAGAAAAAAUCUCCUCCCAUUUUUCUUGGUGAAACAUCAACAGAAACGCCCAUCUUUCUUUUUCUGAGCCAAUUGCUUCAUAUCCUUGAAACUUCUGUGCCUUUGUUCUUGCAUAAAGGUUCAGCUCUUCUAGAGAUGACUAGCUUGCAUGAGGAGGCAGAAAAAUCAUCUCUUAUGCUGCGGUGCUGAUAGAGGUUUCUUGAUGUUUCUUGGAUUCAUGUCCAAACUGGAGCCCGUAAACAACACACAGACAUCAAUCUUCUUUAGUCACUCUAGAAGGUUGAAAGCUAAAUCUGUUGAAGUUUUACAGCUGUGUAGUUAGUCCUUUGUGAUCUCGCGGGAUCAAAGGAAUACCCAGGCUAGAUGACACAUAGAGGAGAUCAGAUUUGCCCAGAAAUGAGAGUCUGAGAUUCUGCAAUUUUUUCACCUAAAAAGGUGACUGAAGCAAAGACACAAUUUUUCUGAUUCUUCACAUAAGCAAUGGACCUGGCCUGAGGCUGAGGGUGAAGUAUAAAGCUAACUUUCUGAAAGGAAGCUCCUGUUUGUUGUUGAUCCAUUCUUAGUUACACUUUGCUGGGAAGCUCUUCCGAAGUUUCUCGAUUGAUCAUCUUAAAAUGGAUAGACCAUAGUUGUCUGAAUUUCUGGUAGUUCGAAGCGCAUUUGCUGAAAGGUGAGGCUAUUGAGACUCGGAAUCUGGUCAUGAGCCCUGGAAUUUGGAUAAAAACAAAAAGGAACCACAAAGAUGAAGUUUAUGAAACUUGGGACAAGGCCAGACACAUUUUACACAGAAGAAGCAACAAGAACUGUGACUUCAGAUACACCGACAGACCUAAUUUUACGAAUCAACAACAUCAAUUAUCUUCUCCAUAAGUUGCAGUUUGCUCUGCUACCAAAAUGCGGUCUCUUACAACAGCUUUGCCCAACGGAUGAUGGUGAAAUCACCAUAGAUCUCCACGACAUUCCUGGAGGUGAAGAGGCUUUUGAGUUGUGCGCUAAAUAUUGCUACGGAAUUACCAUCAACUUCAGCGCGUAUAACUUUCUACCUGCAUUUUGCGCUGCCAAGUUCCUCCGGAUGACCGAAGCGGUGGAAAAAGGAAAUUUUGUGCUGAAGCUCGAGGCUUUCUUCCAUUCGUGCAUCCUCGAGGGCUGGAAGGACUCCAUCAUCACGCUUCAGACUACAAUCAAAUUACCUGAAUGGUCUGAAUCUCUUGGAAUUGCUAGGAGGUGCAUGGACUCAAUUGUGGAGAAAAUUCUCACUCCUCCACCGAAGGUCACAUGGUCUUAUACUUAUACGAGACCAGGAUAUGACAAGAAACAUCGCCAAUCCGUACCUCGUGACUGGUGGACAGAAGAUAUUUCUGAUCUAGACAUAGACCUGUUCCGAUAUAUUAUCGUUGCAGUACGAUCGACCAAUAUGCUUCCUUCACAGCUUAUUGGUGAAGCUUUGCAUGUCUAUGCCUCUCGCUGGCUACCAGACACGACUAGGACUAGGACUAGGACUAUCGGAAGUGCUGCAUCACAACCAGAAGAAAUCACAGUGAAGAACCGGCGAAUCCUAGAGGCUAUCGUGAGCAUGAUCCCAGCAGAACGGGGUUCUCUUUCAAUUAAUUUCCUGCUAAGGCUUCUGAGUCUUGCAAACUAUCUAGGAUCAUCUCCAUUAACUAAAACUGAACUCGUCCGGAGGUCCAGUCAACAGUUGGAAGAGGCAACAGUGAGCGAUCUGCUGUUUCCUUCUUAUUCCACAUCAGACCAACACUUAUACGAUGUGGAAUUGGUACGGUCGGUGUUGGAAAGUUUUUGGGUACUGUGGAGAAGACAAGCUCCUGGACCUUCAGAGAAGGGAGAGUCUAUGAGAUCAGUUAGGAAGGUCGGGAAGCUCAUUGAUUCUUAUCUUCAAGUGAUAUCCAAGGACGUCAACAUGCCUGCGUCGAAAGUAGUAUCUCUUGCCGAAUGCUUGCCAGAUGUUGCCAGGCCACUGCAUGAUGACCUCUACAAAGCUAUUAACAUCUACCUGAAGCAGGAGCAUCCUGAUUUGUCCAAAGCCGACAAGAAGUUCCUCUGUCGGAUUUUAGAUUGCCAGAAGCUGUCUCCGGAGGUACGGGCACAUGCCGUGAAGAACGAGCGCCUGCCCUUACGGACCGUGGUUCAAGCCCUCUUCUUCGACCAAGAGAAAACCGCGAGGGGAGCAACAACACCUCAUAAUAGCUUGACUUCAUAUGACACCACAACUAGGGGAAAGGAGACACUCGCUGCAAGAGAAGAUCAAGGCAAGCAAAAGCUAAGCCCGGAAGUUCGAUUUCCAAGAGCAGAUGGCCCGACAAUAUUCGUAGCCGAAACCAGCACAACAGAUCAUCCUAGGAUAAUGCAACCGGACAUUAAGCUACCUCGAGAAUUGGAGAGGAAGUUGGUGAUGAGGGAGACAGAGGAAGGAGUAGAGUCAUCAGAGAAGGCAAAGGAUGUCGCCACAGAGGAAAGAUCGCAAAGAAGCAUGUCGGACCCUCAUAAGAUCGGGAAAAGAACUGGCAAAACGGAUCGCGGCCAUAAUAAAGGGCGAGAGAGAUAGUGAAUUGGCUGAUGGUCGUAUAUAUCGGCAAGAAGCAUUGCAUUACGCUUCAGGAGGAUCUGUAACUUCUCCUAUGCCCAUCAAUUAGUUUGGUUCUGAGUCAUCAUUUACAAUGUAAUCUACAAUUUGUGAAGUAGACACAGCUUCUAUAAGAUGAGAAUCUCCAUAAACCAAAGAAGAAAUUCUUCAGAAACUAAUCCUAAACCAUUCAUUAUCCAAUAUACCAGCAACGUAGACUGCUAUAUGCA